AUGAGUGAACGCGAGCCCGAAUCAAGAGAGCUCAGCUUCGUCAGCCGCGAGCGCGGCCCGGCCCACGACGACGACGACGACGACAUGCUACAAAACGGCCGCUCGUUGCCGCCCACCGACCGCGGGCGAGGCGCCUACGUGAGCCUCGCGUGCUGCACCGUGGCCCAGGUUCCGAUAUGGGGGUAUUCCGUGUCGUACGGUAUUUUCCAGGAGUACUACAGCAGCUCCAAGAGCGGCAUUGCCGGCUCGCCCGGGUCGUUUGCCACGAUUGGCACGUCGCAAAUGGGCAUCAUGUACCUGAUGAUGCCGGUGGCCUUCCUCCUCCUUCACCGGCACCCCCGUCUGCGCCGGUGGUGCGGCCCGCUGGGCCUGCUCGUCACCGUCGUGUCGCUGGUGUCGUCGGCGUUUGUCGACUCGGUGGGCGGGCUCAUUGCCACGCAGGGCGUGCUCUACGCCGUUGGGUGCGGGCUGCUCUUCAGCCCCAUCUCCAUGUACAUGGACGAGUGGUUUGUGCAGCGCAAGGGCAUGGCCUACGGCGUCAUGUGGAGCGGCAAGGCGGCCGUUGGUGUCGCCAUGCCCUUUGUCUUCAGCGCGCUGCUGGACCGGUUCGGCCUGAGGGCGACGCUGCUCUCGUGGACGGUGGCAUCGGUGGUCUUGACGUGCCCGCUGCUGUUCUUCCUGAAGCCGCGUGUGCCGCUGCCGCCUUCGACCCAGGCCCGCCCUCUGUCCUUUGAGUUCCUGCGCCGUGCGCCCUUCUGGAUGAUGCAGCUCGGCAUCGCUAUCCAGGCUCUUGGCUACAUCAUGCCGAGCACCUACAUGGCCACCUACGCGUCUAAUAUUGGACUGUCGUCGGUCAGCGGGCCGAUUCUCGUCGCCUUGUUCUCGUUUGCGUCCAUCCCCGGCGCCGUGGUCCACGGCGUUCUCGGCGACAGAAUAUCGGCCACGGCGGUCAUUCUCAUCUCGUCGUUUGGGAGUGCCGUACCCGUCUUUCUGCUCUGGGGACUCAGUCGUCACUUCGCCAACAUGAUUGUGUUUGUUUUAGUCUAUGGCUUCUUUGCGGGGGGCUUCAGCAGUACGUGGUCUUCCAUGAUGAGGGAGAUCAAGCGAGACGACUCGUCUUCGGAUACGGCCGUCAUUUUCGGCAUGCUUCUUGGCGGAAGAGGUGUCGGUUUCGUGCUCGGGGGGCCUGUCAGUGGUGCCUUGACGACAGCACGAGGUGCCUUGUCCGAGGAAUCCUUGGGCUAUGCCACCAUAUACGGGCCUAUGAUCUUGUGCACGGGAAUCACGGCGAUUCUGGGUGCUUGGGGCUCGUACUGGAAAUUGCUUAACAAGGCCGCCUCCCAGGGCUUCUCAGAAUGUCUGCCUAUUCGACAUCCCUGA